UUGUCGUUUAAGCCGGUCGUGUCAUCAACGAUUGCCGUACGUGUUCUCGUGUCACGGCUCUUUUGAUAAGUAUACUUGCCGCAGAGCUCGUCGCUUCACCAAGGGAAGGGUCCACUACGGUAUCGUCAACCCCACGCCAAAGGUGGUAUAAACUCCUCGGACACGGAAGCAAUUGGGCAAACAAGUAUAGCCUACAGCGUCGCGCCUCGAGAAAGGGGGUGAAACAAAGGAAGGCAAUCGAAGAGCGAUGGCAAGCGGGAGUAGCAGCAGCAGCCCGGAAAAGGCGGGGCCGGGUCGGGGUAGGGCCGAGGCGAAGUUGCAGAGGCAACGCGCCCGACAGGCCCAGCAGCAGGAGGCGGCCGCGGUGGGCCAACAGCAGGGUGCCUCGCUGGGCAACGCGGUCGCCAAGGUCCAGCACGGCAGCAAGAUCCUCGAGUCGAUAGAUCAGCUGCGCCGGCGCAAGGCUCGGCCGAGCACGGACCGGAUCUGCAACUUUAUGCUGAGGAAGUUCGCGGUCGACGUGGCCGACACCAUAGCCUCCCUGCACAAGUUGCUCGAGUGCGAGGCGGUCAUCGAGGUCGAUUACAAGGGUGGCUCGAGCUACCGCAACGCCUUCAAUUGGGCCAAGAUCAAGAGCUACAAGAACCGGCCCGAGGGCUUUACGAAGCUCAAGUUCAGCCAGGCCACCCUCAACGAUGCCUUUGGCGCCCUCGUCCUCACCGAGCCCGACUACAUCGACCAAGGUGUACCGCCCCACAGGUGA